AUGAGAGUGAUAAAUCUUUUACAGACCUGGUCUGUCGGGGGGAGCUUGAUUGUCUUUGGACUGUGGUUCCAAUCCUGCAACACUGAAUCGCUCGGCAAUCCUGUCACACCAGGUACUCUGCCUCUACUGGAUAAUUCUACCACCGUGGAUAAUUGCAGUGCAUACAGCGACAAUGCAUUGAAACCACUUAGUAUACGUGGAGAGGGUAAGCACGAGUGGGAAAGUGACAUUGGGUCAUUUGUGGAAGGUGUCCUGAAGGACGACCAUUCACUUGUGGAUGAAAAGACAACUCUGUACAAGGGCAACAAUGAUCCAAACGACAACUACGGACACGCCAUUGGCUGGGAGCGUAAUAAGAGGAACGUUCGAUUCCGGUGUGGGUGUAGCAGGCCGAGAGUGAAAAUGAUAGAAACAGCAUGGCUUAAUAUCGUCACGAUGGUCAGUUUGAAAUACCGCCUCGGUAUAGAAGGAAAAACGACUGACUGGUGA